UACGUAUAUACCUGACGCCGCGCUGGCCGGCGCUGUGGCCCGCGCGCUGUCCCCGCACGCCGCGCCGCGCCUCGCCGCCGCCCUGCGCGCCGACCUCGCCGCGCGCCGCCCCUACGCCACCUACCUGGCCUCGUGCCGCGCCGCCCUCGCGCACGCCGCCCGCACGCUGCGCACGUACGUAUAUACCUGACGCCGCGCUGGCCGGCGCUGUGGCCCGCGCGCUGUCCCCGCACGCCGCGCCGCGCCUCGCCGCCGCCCUGCGCGCCGACCUCGCCGCGCGCCGCCCCUACGCCACCUACCUGGCCUCGUGCCGCGCCGCCCUCGCGCACGCCGCCCGCACGCUGCGCACGCAGAUCGCAGGCGUCCGCGUGGAGUGCGCGUGGUGCGUGCGCGCAGCGGCCGGCGCUCGCGUGCUGGACCAGCUGGAGAGAGGCCGCGCGUUACGCCGCCUGGCUAAACACCACCACAGACACCCGCACGCUGCUCCCGGUGGAGAACUAAUGGAUGAAAAAGCUACAAGACUGACUGCUAGUAUAAAGGCUAUUACGGCCGAAGUGAAAGCAGACCCGUCGUGGGAAGGUGCAUCAGCGAGCGCGCUUGAGUCAUUGGAAGUGACGGUUGAGCGCGCCGCGUUCGCUCGCCUCUACUUGCACGUGCUGUUCCCCAACGGAGAUGGAGACAUAGCGAGAGACCAGGUGCUCAGCGAACACAUUCGUCGCUUGUCUGCGUGCACCAGUGCCGCGCGAGCCGGCGUGCGCGCGCGGCACGUGUGGGCCGCGCCCUUCCCGCGCGCACAACUACUACUGCGGCACCUGCCCGUGUACCGCACGCCGCGCGACAAGUUGUCGUGCAUAAUGCGAUGCGUGACGUCCAUCAUGGCGGUGCUGGGGCUUACUGAGUGCGAGGCGCCCUCUGCCGACGAUCUCACGCCGGUGCUCGUAUACGUCAUCAUCAAGGUGAAUCCUGCAUCGCUGCUAUCUACGAUUGAACUAGUGAACGCUCUGGGCGGGUCUGCGCUUCAGGGCGAAGCUUUGUAUUGGUGGACUCAUUUCUGUGCUGCCGUCGCUUACAUCAAGACCAUGGACUACGACCCGCGCGACACCUAGCCCGAACGGACGCGCCCGAAUUCAGCGCGUGUCAAUCAAUUAGAAUUCAAUCGGCGUAUUGUUUUGCUGGGCUGCGGCCGUCGACGUCAUUCGGUGUAAAGAGUUAUCUAAAGAACAUACUACUUAUUCAAAAAAUACUAUUAAAACAUGCAGGCAUUAAAAAAAAUGCACUUCGCAAACCUAUGCAUAAUAUUAAAAUGUGUAAUUAUUAACCUAUAUUCAUCGUUAACCAGCCUUUAAAGAUAUCAUUGGCAUCCAUUCGUGUAAUAUAAGUGUUAGUUGAAAAUAACACAACGAAUAUAGGGAAAAAAUGUACUGUAUAUUUGUUCGUUAGUACCAUAACCGUAGUUGCAUAUUUUGAAUCGUGUAAAAUAAUAAUGCAUUGUGUAUUAGGCAGCGGCCGGCACCGAGCAGUCUCUUUACUUCAAAUUGUAUAAAUAACAUGUGUUGAAAACGAUCAAAGUUUAAAAACGUCUCAAAAUCUAUCCUUCAUAUAUUUAUAAUGAAUUAGGUAUGGCUUAUUCUAUAUCACCAGAUAUUUUCAGAAUAAGAUACUUCAUUCCAGAGAGUGAAAUGUUAUUGACCACUCAUUUACUCUUAUAGCGAAUUCACAAUAUUUUGUAGUUCAGGAAGUAAAAAUAUCUAGCUAAAUGUUUGGAAAUUUAUUUACUUGCAUAAAGAAGGUCGUUAUAUUAAAUCAGGUCCUGUUAAAAAACAAAUAAAACUCAAUUUUGGUGUCGAUUCUGGCAGAAUUCUCUAAACUUAAAACUGAAUUUAAAAUCAGUCUAUCCUUUUCAUUCUGUAUAGAUAAUGACAAGGAUACACUGGUGUCAAAUUUAAGUUUAGGUUUAGAGAAUCAUGCAGGAAUCGACACCA